AUGACAUCACGGCGCGCUACACGAUCGAUGGCGUCACUUCAUGGGAACUCAUUGCCGGUUCCUGACGAGCUCGCUAUGGAGAUAUUCUCGAGGCUGCCGUCGAAGGCGAUGGCGAGAUGUCGCUGCGCAUGCAAGCUCUGGUCCUCCAUGCUUCGCCGUCAAGAUUUCACAGAGCUUUUCUUGACCAAAUCUUGUGCUCGCCCUCAGCUCCUUUUCGCCUGCGAAGAUCGCAGCGUCAGUAAGUAUAUCUUCAUCUCGUCGCCUCAGCCUGAAAAUCCGGAAGAGAACUCGUAUGUUGUCGCCUCCGAUCACCUUGCGUGUUUCCCACGUUCCUAUGAGUUAUUUGGUUGUACGAAUGGCUUCUUGUGUUAUGGAGCUAAGCCGAUCUUGGAGGGGAGGAUAAAUCCAGCGUAUGUCCCGGUGAUAUGUAACCCUAGCACGGGACAGUCUUUGAUCUUACCAACAUUGAAGUCGAGGAUGAGGUUUGGAAUCGAAAGCUAUCUUGGAUAUGAGCCCAUUGCGAAAGAGUUCAAGGCGUUGUCAAUGGAAAGCUCGUAUGUAAGUGGUCACUCUGUGAGGCACCAAGUUCUGACAUUAGGAACCAAGAAACUGACAUGGAGGUUGGUCGAGUGUUGCGUGCCACAUUCUUCUUCUCGUAAGUGGAUAUGCAUCAGAGGUGUUCUUUACUACACAGCGGCAGCAAACAGUUCGUCCGUGAAGUCUAUGGUCGUUUGUUUUGACUUGAGGUCUGAGAAGUUCUGCUCUGUCAUGUUCAGUAAAGCAAUGCCUCGUUCAACAACUCUGGUAAACUACGAUGGGAAACUAGGUUUGCUUAUGUCUGGAGAUUCUCAUGAUGACGUUACUCGAGCAACUACAAGUUUUGAGCUGUGGGUUCUGCUUGACGCUGGAAAACACGAGUGGAGCAAUCAUGUCUACGUAUUACCACCUUCGUGGGAGGAUGUAGUUUCCAGAAACAUGCGCAUUGCUGGAAUGGUUGGUGUAAAUGAAAUCGUCUUGGCCCCCUGGUUCCAAAGAGUGCCUUCCUAUGUCAUCUACUUCAACGUGGAGAGAAAGACGAUCACAAAAGUUGGAAUCCAAGGACCAGAAGCGUUUAUGGGUAAGAUGUUCUACACCUAUCUCAACCAUGUUGAGAAUGUGAAGCUUCUUUAAGUAAGAGAUGAGUAGUUCGAAAAUCCACCUCUUGUGGAAGUUUCAACAAGUGGUUGAUAGAUAAUCUUCUUGUUACAAACUCUUUAAAAAUGUAUAUAC